AUGGAUCCAGAUGCCCAGGCAUCAAUUGGCGAGCGCAGAGGGCAUCGACUGGCGCCGUUGCAGACGAACUUCAGUCGACCAGAUGCCCCAUCCAAAUCCCGUUUACAACGCCCCCGGCCAACUGAGUACCCCAGUACCAAUGGCUCAGAAGGUCCGGUUCCGCUUCAACCGGUUAAACGCCAAUCGUCCAAAACAACUCUGCGCAACCUUUUCCAUCGCGACAAGGCGUCGCGCGCGGCUCCCGAGCCCAAGUUGGAGGAGAUUGUAGAAGCACAGCCGUCGGAGCCUCAAACAGCCAUUCUUUCCGGAGCCCCUAUGUCACCUUCGCUCAUGAGCCCGAGCACAAUAGAUACAAAUGCCACCAUUACCUCCCCAACGGAGCAACGAUCUCGAACCUCAAAGGUCCCCCGCCCAAAACCGGAUCCCAACUCAGCGUCCCAGGAACAGUAUGGAUGGAAGCCUCCCCCAUUGUUCCAGGCCUAUCCUCAAUCCACCAAGCAUGAAUGUCUGACGGCACCUAAUAUCUCACCUAAUUACAUCUUACACCUCCAUGCUACGACUGCAAGAAGCUCUACCGACGAGAAUCACAUCAACCCCCUGGAGCAGAAUGACGCAGCGGAUGCCGCUCGCAGGAAGAAGGAACAAAAACAAAAGAAGCAUCUUCGGACACUUUCGGGCACCAUCAACAAGGUAGAAUGGACGCAGAAAAUAUAUGUCCUCACAACGGCUGGCUACAUCCUUCAAUAUACAGGCGAGGGAAAGCAUGACCGUCUUCCGGAGAGGAUGUUGCUGCUAGGUCCUAAUUCUGUUGCGUUUGCGAGUGACGCGAUUCCUGGGAGACAUUGGGUGGUCCAGGUCUCUUCCAAUCCGACGGCUGAUGAUUCCAUCGUGCCAGAGGCCCCCAAGCCUCGGUUCUCGCGUUUUGGCUUCCACAAGUCUAAUCCCCGGCGGUUUUCGCGGAAUUUCCUUCUCGUAUUUGAUAACCCCGAGGCUAUGAUAGCUUGGUUAGCGGCGAUUAGAACGGAGAUCGAGAAACGAGGGGGACGCAAGAUCACGGAAGAGAAGCACUCGGAUGACGAUGACACAAUGCCUCAGUUGCGGAAUAAAUCGAGCGUUCGACAGAUGGUGAAGAAAGAUCCCCAUCGCAUCUCCAGCCUAUUCCUUCAGCCCCAAACCCUCCAAUCACCUACCGAGGAGGAGGAUGGUCAGUCUGUCAGUGCUACGACAUGGCAAUCUCGUCGCAGCUCAUAUGUGUCGGUCAAUCGUCGCUCGAUAAUUGAAUCUCGGUCCGGAUCGGUGUCAACUAGUCGGACUGAGGCCACAAAUCCUACCAAUGGUUCUGACAUGCGCUCCUCGUCGUUCACCUCCUCGAAUAUUCCCAACUCUCCGCCCUUGGGGAACGGUGUGUUCAGAUCUGAAGAACCUCUGCCAGAAGAGCUCGACCGAAUCCACACGCGCAACCUGCCCGCCUCUAGCCAUGGGAAACGGCAGUCAUUGUAUACGUCCUCGCCACCUCAGCCUCCCCCCAUCGCUGAUUUCACCGAGGAUCAACAACCAACUCAUCCACCGGCCAAUGUUCCCGAGGCUAUCAUCCGUUGUGCUUCACCCCCGGCACCAAAUUUUAGUGUUCCCUCGUUUAGUAAGAAAUUUGUCCCGAGAUCUGGACCGAUCCCUAUCUCUCACGUUUCUCCUCCUUCAUCAACCAAUGCGUUUGCACGUCGGGAGACCGACCCAAACAUGGCGAACUUUGCAUCUCCUCCGCACUCUCCGACAUUCAGCGCCAGCAGCUCGCGCUAUGGAGAUUCAUCAGAACCCAAACGCGUACUGCGGGCGACAAAUUCCGAGGAUGUUCUGACCAAGACCGUUCGUUCAGCCCAGACCACCCAAAAGUUCUCCCGUGUGCCCACAACAGCACCUCCUACGAGACCUUUACCCGAUCCCAGGGCUUCUUCCCGCCCUCUUAGCCAGCUUGCUCGUUCCGGCACAUGUCCCAAAACCAGCUGCGGCAUUCCAGCCCCGAUCGUUCCUCUGUCACCAGACCCAACACUGCACCACAGAGUCUCUGCUGUGGACCCCGACAAUCAAGGUCCUUCGAAUGGGCUGCGUCGCAAAAGCAUGCCGGGCCUUGGUUUAACAAUUGGGCCUCCAUCUGCUCCACCUCCUCAAUGUCCACUCCCUAAACUUCCCUCUUCCAUCCCUGCUUUCCCCCUUCCUAGCGCCCACAUCAUAACUCCUACCACGACGACCACGACCACUCCGCAGACGCUAUCUCCCUGGUCUUCGACGUCCCCAACGCAACGCUUUUACGGAUCCCAGCCAGUACGGGAUCACGUAGGCGAUCUACCGAGGAGCAGUAUCGAUGCUCCAAUCGAUGUACCACCAAAUGCUCACCAUUCAAAACUGGUCAAUGGUUCCCUUGUCUAA